AUGCGCCUGCCUACGAUCGUGACUUCAUACUUCGUGAAGAAGCCCAACAGUUCCCACAAGGAGCAAGGGGCAGUUGCUGCUGAGCCUGCUACAACAAGCAGCGCUGGUGCCAAUGGUUCAUCCCUCGCGGUAAGCGCGUCGCACGAGCCAGAACAGCAGGAACUCCAGGAGGAGGCCGGAAGUUUGCAGGAAGAGCAGGAGGAAGAGCAAGAGGAGGAGGAAGAGGAAGAGGAAGAGGAAGAAGAGGAAGAAGAAGAGGAAGAAGAGGAGGAAGAAGAGGAGGUAGAGGAGAGCGAGCAGUCGACACGCGCAGAAGAGCCACAAGUGCCUCAGCAUGGUUCAAGCACUGUCGCGGAAGACGAAACUGAGCACACCCGACUGGAAAGCCUGAAGGACCUGCAGGCAUGCGUCUCUUCCAGGCACGAUCAAAUAGAGGCGCUGCAGCAUCGGCUCCAAAGUGCAGGCCAGCAGCGGCGGCAGCAUCAGGGCGGAGAGCUGAACAGCAGCGAGCGCGGCGAGCUGCAGGGUCUGAGAGACCGGCUGCAACGGACUGAACAUCACCGAGCAGGCCUGAGGCCAUCUGAGCUGGAGCUGCGCUCCAUCCGGGAGCAGCACAGGGCUGUUCGGGGGGAAGUGGCCAGCUUUCAAUAUGGUGGAGGCGACGGGGACGGGCCUUCCCACGAUCAGGUUGCAUACCUCACGUGGCAAUGCGAAAGCUUGCGUGGAUCCAUCUCAGCUGCGGAGAAGGAUGCAGCAGAGGAGCAUCGACAUAUCUCCAAGUUGGAAGCUGAAAUGAGCAAUGAACACAGGGCAGGAGAUGAGUAUUCCUUGGCUCUGAAAUACCAGCUGGCUGAAACUGCACGGCUGGAAGCAGCAGAAAAAGUUGCUGCCAAUGAACUUGCCGAUUUGACCGAUCGCUAUUGGGAUUACGCACCAUUCAGUGCUGGCAACUAUGGAUUCACUGCGCUGGCCAUCGACCAGGAAAUGCUGCAAUUGCGGCAGCGUGUCGGCUUCGAACAGGAGGAGGUCGCACGUUUGGAAGGCAAGCUGAUCCAGGCCCGUGCCGCCUGCAAGUCGGCAGGCGAUGCAGCCGCUACAGCAGUACAUCUUGCACAUGUUUUGCGGGAGCAGUCGAAGGCUUUCGACGUAGAUCAGGACGAGGCUGCGCACGCAAACCUGCAAAAAGUCGCAGCAGUGCAGGCCAGGCCAUGCCAUCAGGCCGAAGACGAGAUAGUGGAUACCGUUGCGUCCGAACACGUCUUGAAGCAAAAGCUCGGCGAGGUACGACGUCGCAACAAAGAAUUAGAAAGACAGGUGCAAGCUGCGAAGACUCGCUUGGCUGGCAAAACCCACAGACACUUCAAGCCGGUAAAUUCAAUUACCGAG